AUGGAUCUCAAGAGCAUCAAGGGCGCGCUCAAGUCGGCCGCGGGGAAGGCGUCCAAGGCUGCGCACGAGGCUGGGAUCUCGGCGUACGCCAGCGCGAAGGGCGCCGUGGCCAACGCCGCGUCCACGGCCACGGGUGCGCUGCGUUGCACGCGCGAGUACGACCUCGACGCCCCGGUCGCGGCAUCGGGUGGACCCGGGUGUCUGUUCACCGUCGUGGACGCCACGCGAAGGUGUAAGGGGGGCGCCACGAGCAAGGCUGCCGCUGCCGCCGCUGCUGCCGCUGACCCGACGACGCCCAAUUCCAGAGUCAGCGUCUGGCUCCUCGACAAGCGCGCGCUCACCGAGGAUGGCCGGCACUCCAAGGAGGAGGUCGAGCAGAUGCUGCAACUCAUCCGCGACGACGCCUCGCGGAUGCUGAAACUCAGGCACCCGGGAGUGCUGCGGCUGGAGCAGCCACUCGAAGAGACCCGAACGCAUCUCGCGCUCGUCACCGAACCCGUGUUUGCCUCCGCGGCUGACAUCCUCGCCAAGGGCGCCAACCUCGCGGGAAAGCGACGCGAACGCGCCAAGUCGCUGGAGCAGGCGACGGGAGGGGGUGCCGUGGGAGCCGCCGGCGCCGAUUCGUCUUCCGGACGCGGACCGUCGCGCGGAGAAACCGAGGGAGCGAGACUCGCAGCGACGAAGCUCUCGCAGCUCGAGGUGAAACACGGCGCGGCGGCGCUGGCGGGUGCCCUACGAUUCAUCCACGAAUCCGCCGGGCUGGUGCUCCGCGGGCUGAACCCGGGGUGCGUGGUGGUGACGAGCCGCGGGGACUGGAAGAUCGGCGUCGGGGCGUUCGCGCACGCCAGGGGCGGGACAGAUGGCGGCAACCAGGCGGACUUUUACCUCGGACCCUCGGGCGCCGUGAAUAAACCGCUAAACGUGGGAUACGGUUCCUCGGACAGCGAGGCGUUCGUCACCGGACCUCUGCCGCUGGUUCCCCCCGCGGGAUACGUGGCGCCGGAGCUGGUGCUCGGGGCGAUGAAGGGCGGGUACGUGGGCGCGGGCGUGGCGGAGCCGACGGGUUCGGCCGACGUCUUUUCCCUCGGCGCCAUCGUCCACGAGUUGGCGGGAAAUCCGCCGCUGCUGGGCGAGGCGUGCUGUGCGAGCGUCGGCGGGGGCGACGUCGGCGAGGGAGAGUACAGACGCGGGCUGGCGAACGCGCGGUUCGUCGGCGGGUGCGCGUCGGUGGUGUCGAGGAUGUGCGCCGAGGAUCCGGGGAAAAGAAUCGGUUCGGCGGAUGUUACAAGUGACGCGUGGUUCGCCAACGACGUCGGCCUCGCCGCGCUUCGCGAGCUGGACGGUUUCAUACAGAGCGACGUGUUGUCUCGCGCCGCGUUUCUUCAGUCGCUUCAGGGUCGUUGGGACCUGUUCGACGCGCGGGUGACGCAGUACAGGGUGUUACCCCCGCUGCUCACGGAGCUUCGAACGCCCGAGCUGCAGCCGCUGGUGCUGCCGCUGAUCCUCAACCUCGCGGAGCGGCAGACGCCGACGGAUUUCAGCGAGUGGACGCUGCCCCACCUGGCGCCUCUCCUGGCCACCGCGACGGGUCACACGCUGGGCACCAUAUUGAAGUCCACGGCGGCGUUCGCGGACCGCGUGCCCUCCCCUGAAACCUUCGAACUGUACGUCCUCCCGGCUGUCCUGCGAGGCGUCGCCGCGCCGGAGGUGCUCGUACAGGAGGAAGCCCUGCGCCAGGUCACGGCCGCGGCGCACAAGGUGACUCCCGAGACUUUGCGAUGCACCGUCGUGCCCUUGCUGCACAAGACCGCGGUGGACACCACGGCCGCCGCGGUGAGGGUCAACGCGUUGGUUGCGCUGGGAAAGAUCGCGCCGUGCUUCGCCGUGCCCGAGUUUGACGCGACGCUCGACGCGUUGCACCGGAUAGCGGCGAACGACCGCGCCGCCGCCACGGUGAUGUGCGUGCUGGGCGUGGCGGACGCCAUGGGUAAGGUGGGCGGCGUGAACCUUAUCGCGUCCAGGUGCCUGCCGCUGGCGUGUCCGCUGAUGCUCGCGCCGGGUCUUAACCGAGCGCAGAUCGGGACGGUGAGUCGGGUGUUGGGGGGGAUGCUGCGUCGGGUCGAGGAGGCGAGGGUCGCCACCGCGCCGCCCGCGCCGCCCCCUCCCAAGCGACCGCCCGCGUCCGUCGAGGCGACCGCCGCGUCCGGAGGGAUUGGAGGGAUCGGAGGGGGCGCGGAUCCGUUCGCCGCGUCGGGUGCGGCGACGGAUCUUUUACGGGGCGCGAACGCGAAUGCGAACGCGGGGGAGGGAACUUUGGCAACGCGAAAGGUUGGCGGGACGCCCAUUAUUCGUGGCUCUACGCCCAUGCGUUUGACGCCGCCGCCGGGGGCGGUGCCGAGGGUGUCGUCCGCCACGGAGCAGCUCACCGCCGCGCUCUCCGCGGGCGACAACCUCGAGACGUUGUUCACCGAUCUGGGGUACAGACCCGAACCCCCGGGUCCGAUGUUCGCCGGGAUGAACGUUCACCCGGGGGUGGGAGCUGGGGCGGGUCGCACGGGGCGGGGUGCGGUCGACGCGAAGGAGUUCUCGCUGCUCUGAGGCGCGUCGCGAGUAGAGUUUGCAAAAAAACGGCCGAUGAAAAC